AUGGCAGUUAAAGUAGAAAAAUUUGUAAAUUAUUAUAAGGAAGUUUGCAAAAUUGUUGAUAAAUAAGAAGUAUUAAAGAGCAAAAAUCACAGGCGAAACUGUUUCAUCAUUUUUGCAGCAUAAAAAUUACCUCUUAAAUAAAAGGAGUAUAAUUUAAAGUAUAUGAGUUUUGAGGUGAAAGGUAAAAAUAAAGUGAUAGUUAGAUAUAUUUAAGAAACAAAAAUAGGGGAAUGAUGAAUAAUUAAAUUUUAAGUUUUUGAUUGACUUUGUUUUGAAAUCAUUCUCUCCUUUAUUCUUUUCCUUUUCCCUCAUAAGAAUUUCCUACUCUGAUUUUUUAAUGAUUAGAAGUUUUCAUCAGAGUGUAGUUCACACAUAUGAUAGAAAAUAAUAGGCAAAAUGUAAUUAUGAGAAAGAAACUGAAAAUGCAAAAUAGAGAAAUUGCAUUCAUGAUUAUUAUAAGAAUUAGUUUCUUUAUUUUUAUUGGUAAACAAUAAUCAAUUAAAAUCAAAAUUAUAUUUAUUAUCAUUUGUUUGGAAUUGUUCAUAAUUCUUGA